AUGGAGUUCACAGAAGCUUACAAGCAGACUGGUCCUUGUUGUUUCUCACCCAAUGCUCGUUACAUUGCCGUCGCCGUCGAUUAUCGCCUCGUUAUUCGGGACACUCUUUCCUUCAAGGUUGUGCAGCUGUUUUCAUGCUUGGACAAGAUAAGCUAUAUCGAAUGGGCCCUCGAUUCUGAGUACAUUCUUUGUGGUCUAUAUAAAAGACCAAUGAUACAGGCAUGGUCGUUGGCCCAACCUGAAUGGACAUGCAAGAUAGAUGAAGGUCCUGCUGGUAUUGCAUAUGCUAGAUGGAGCCCGGACAGCCGUCACAUACUUACCACAUCAGACUUCCAACUGCGUUUAACAGUUUGGUCACUAUUAAACACAGCAUGUGUACAUGUGCAAUGGCCAAAGCAUCCUUCCAAGGGUGUUUCUUUUACCAAAGAUGGGAAAUUUGCUGCAAUUUGCACAAGGCGUGAUUGCAAGGACUACAUUAAUCUUCUGUCUUGUCAUACAUGGGAGAUAAUGGGUGUAUUUGCUGUGGACACAUUGGACUUGUCUGAUACUGAAUGGUCGCCAGAUGACAGUACAAUAGUGAUAUGGGAUUCGCCUCUCGAAUAUAAGGUUCUAAUAUACUCCCCAGAUGGGAGGUGCCUUUAUAAGUAUCAAGCAUAUGAAAGUGGAUUGGGCGUAAAAAGUGUUUCAUGGUCUCCUUGUGGCCAGUUUCUAGCAGUGGGUAGUUAUGACCAGAUGUUGCGGGUUUUGAAUCACCUGACUUGGAAGACUUUUGCUGAAUUUAUGCAUCUAUCUACCGUCCGUGCUCCCUGUUGUGCUGCUGUUUUUAAGGAAGUGGAUGAGCCAUUGCUGCUUGAUAUGUCCGAGUUAUGUUUAAGUGAUGAUUUUGCACAAGGCAAUGAUGAUGCUUCUGAAGGACAUUUCAGAGUUAGGUACGAGGUUACAGAAGUGCCCAUUAGUUUGCCUUUCCAGAAGCCUCCUGCAGACAAACCUAACCCCAAACAAGGAAUUGGUCUAAUGUCAUGGAGCAAUGACAGCCAAUACAUCUGCACUAGGAAUGAUAGCAUGCCAAGUAUUCUGUGGAUCUGGGACAUACGCCAUCUUGAGCUUGCCACUAUCUUGGUGCAGAAAGAUCCAAUUCGAGCAGCAGUUUGGGACCCUACGUGCACGCGUCUCGUUGUUUGCACUGGAAGCUCACAUUUGUACAUGUGGACUCCUGCAGGUGCUUACUGUGUGAGUAUCCCACUACCGCAGUUUAGCAUAGUUGAUCUAAAAUGGAAUUCGGAUGGAAGCUGUCUUUUGCUGAAGGAUAAAGAGUCAUUUUGCUGCGCUGCUGUUGCUGUACUUCCAGAAUCCAGUGAAUAUAGCUCAGAUGAUUGA